UUCAGCACGAGGAUGUUCUUUUGCAGAUCUGAUUGGGUUAAUUCUAGUUUAUUUGUUUGUGGAUCCCUUCUUCCAUUCAUUAUUCAGGCAACUCCAACAAGUUAUGAUGCAUUGCUCGAUGGUGGAUCUCCCUGAGGCCAUGCUGGCAGAGAUCAUUAAGAGGGUUACCAAGACAAGUGAUCUGAAUUCUAUUUCCCUUGUGUCGAAGCAGCUCUACUCAAUCGACGCGGUUCAAAGGGGUGCUAUCCACAUUGGCGGCGGCCUUUGCCCUGCUACAGAAGCAUUGACAUUAGAAGCCUUGAAAUCAAUCUGCUCCCGUUUCCCAAAUCUGCAGAAAGUGGAAAUUGACUACUCCGAUUGGAUACCUAGCCAUGGGAAUCAAUUGGACAACCAAGGCAUCCUUGUGUUUUCAUCUCGCUGCCCGUCGCUCACCGAUAUCACCUUAAGCUUUUGCUCAUACAUCAAUGACUCUGCUCUUGGUUGUCUAGCUUAUUGGAAGCAUUUGACGGCCCUCAGGCUGAACUAUGCACCAAAAAUAACUUCAAGUGGGCUUCUCUCGGUGGUGGUUGGUUGCAGGAGUCUAUCUACUCUCCACCUUAUUGAGUGUGACAAGAUAGACAACAUAAAGUGGUUGGAGGUCCUUGGUUUGGAAGGAUCAUUGGAAGAAUUUGUGGUAAAAAACUGCAAGGGAAUCAGCCAGUAUGACCUCCUAAAGUUCGGUCCAGGGUGGAUGAAGCUCCAAAAGUUUGAAUUUGAGAUGGAGGGAGAAUUUUGGGCCCGUGGAGCUGUUGAUUAUGAUUCCUCAUACAAUGCUCACAACCUGAAUAAAUAUGAUUUCUGUUGUGAGAACCUGAAGGAUUUGAGGUUGGCACGUUUUCAAACUUGGCCAGAGAUAGGACUUCGUUUUGUCCUUGGGAAGUGCAAAGCAUUGGAGAAGAUUUGCUUGCAGUAUGUUCAUGCUCUAAAUGACAAUGACAUGAUUGCAUUAUCCCAGAGCUGCAACAACCUUAAAAGCAUCUCACUUUGGCUCAGACCUCACUUCUAUGAUGGUGAUUACAGGACAUCAUUUACUGAUGACAGCCUUAAGGCUCUAGCCUGCAACUGUCCUAUGCUUGAGACUGUUGAGCUCACAUUUGUAUGUUGUGUUCCUGAAUAUCCAUCAGAAACAGGAUUCACACAUAAGGGUCUUUUGGUGCUCAUUCAGUCCUGCCCAGUUCGCGUUCUCAUGCUAAAUGGCGCCCACUUCCUUGAUGAUGAGGGGAUGAAGGUCCUCUGGUCUGCACCACUCCUGGAGACACUCGAGCUUAUGUUUUGUGAGCUGAUAACUGAUAUUGGGAUGCGCUCUGUCAUACAUAUCCCAUGCUUGAGUAAUCUCACGCUCCGGUGGUGUGAAAGUGUGACUGAUGUUGGAGUCGCUGGGCUGGUACAUGGACGUACGUUGGAGUCUUUAACUGUCGAAGGUUGUCAUCGGGUCUCUGAGCAAGCAGUGCAGGGAGCUGCCAGAUCAGUUCACUAUUCUACUGCUGCUCCAAGCCAUGCCUUCCACAAAAAAUGUACUAUUGAUGAAAUGGCCUCCAGAACAUUUAGUUAAAAUCUCCGUCUGAAUUCAUUAAGUUGUUGACCCCGCAUCAUGGAGAAAACUGCAUUUCUGCACCCAGGUUUACCGGUUGUCGUUACGCGAUUUUUCUUUUGAGUAAAUUGAGACUCCACCUCAUCACUGGCAUCACAUGGCCAUGUCUGUGAAAUCUGCUGUCGAACUCCUCUAACUUGGAAAUUUGGGUUCCGUGUUA